UUUCUCAAGGAGGAAGAGGUGCUGGACAAGGCAGAGAUCUGGGCACAGAAGUAUCUACAUGCUCACCCUGUCUGGUUUGGGAGUUUCUCAGCAAUCCUUGUUAUCAGUGACCCCGACUAUGCCAAGGCUGUGUUGGCCAGAGGAGAUCCCAAGGAUAACGUCAGCUAUAAACACCUUGUCCCGUGGAUUGGGAACGGGUUGCUGAUCUUACAUGGGCCAAAAUGGCACCAACAUCGAAAGCUCCUGACUCCAGGGUUUCACUAUGACGUCUUGAAACCGUACGUGGCCCUGAUGGCAGAGUCUACUAAUGUGAUGCUGGAUAAAUGGGACAAGCUGGUCACAGACGGGAAACCAGUGGAGCUCUUUGAGCAUGUCAGCUUGAUGACUCUCGAUAGUAUCAUGAAAUGUGCCUUCAGUUGUCACAGUAACUGCCAGACCAACAGGAAAAACACUUAUAUCCAGGCUGUCUAUGACCUCUGCCUCAUGGUGCACCAGCGGCUCCGCAUCUUCCCCUACCACAAUGACAUCAUUUACUGGCUCAGCCCCCAUGGAUUUCGGUUCAGGAAGGCCUGUCAGCUUGCUCACGACCACACAGACAAGGUGAUCCAUGAGCGGAAGGAAUCCCUUAAAGAUGAACAGGAAUUUGAAAAGGUCCAGAAAAAGAGACAUUUGGACUUCUUGGAUAUUCUUCUGUGUGCCAGAGAUGAGAAUGGAGCUGCACUGUCCGAUGAGGACCUGCGUGCCGAGGUGGACACGUUCAUGUUUGAGGGCCAUGAUACAACAGCCAGUGGGAUUGCCUGGCUCUUCUACUGCCUGGCAUCACACCCUGAGCACCAGGCACGGUGCCGGGAGGAGAUCCAAGGGAUCCUGGGGGACCGGCAGACAAUUCAGUGGGAGGACCUGGGCAAGAUGACUUACAGCACCAUGUGUAUCAAGGAGAGCCUUCGCCUUUACCCACCAGUGCCUGGGGUGUCCCGGCAGCUCAGCAAACCCAUCACCUUCUCUGAUGGACGCACUUUGGUUGUGGGGGAGGACCUGGGCAAGAUGACUUACAGCACCAUGUGUAUCAAGGAGAGCCUUCGCCUUUACCCACCAGUGCCUGGGGUGUCCCGGCAGCUCAGCAAACCCAUCACCUUCUCUGAUGGACGCACUUUGCGGUCUGUGUUUGACCCUUCGCGGUUUUCUCCGGAGAACAUCUCUGGCAGGCACUCUCACGCGUUUCUGCCUUUUUCUGCUGGAACAAGGAACUGCAUCGGGCAGCAGUUCGCCAUGAACGAGAUGAAGGUGGCACUGGCUCUGACCUUGCUGCGCUUCGAGCUCUUGCCUGACCCCACCAAACCUCCCCUCAAAAUACCUCAGAUCAUCCUUCGCUCCAAGAAUGGGAUUCACCUGUCUCUAAAGAAAAUCCGCUGA